AUGGCAACGCCCGACUUGCACGUGACGCCCGCGCCGAGUGUGGAGCAGGAGACGGACGAGACGCCCGACCAGGAGUCGCCGUUGACGCCUUUGGUGCCCACCCCGGAGGUCGCCACCGAUGCGUCCACGGACGGUGACGUUGCGUCGACGCCCGCACCGACGAUGGCAACGCCCGACUUGCACGUGACGCCCGCGCCGAGUGUGGAGCAGGAGACGGACGAGACGCCCGACCAGGAGUCGCCGUUGACGCCUUUGGUGCCCACCCCGGAGGUCGCCACCGAUGCGUCCACGGACGGUGACGUUGCGUCCACGCCCGCACCGACGAUGGCAACGCCCGACUUGCACGUGACGCCCGCGCCGAGUGUGGAGCAGGAGACGGACGAGACGCCCGACCAGGAGUCGCCGUUGACGCCAUGGAUGCCCACCCCGGAGGUCGCCACCGAUGCGUCCACGGACGGUGACGUUGCGUCCACGCCCGCACCGACGAUGACAACGCCCGACUUGCACGUGACGCCCGCGCCGAGUGUGGAGCAGGAGACGGACGAGACGCCCGACCAGGAGUCGCCGUUGACGCCAUUGGAUGCCCACCCCGGAGGUCGCCACCGAUGCGUCCACGGACGGUGA